GAAUAACGUGAGCCACUCGCACGGAGGCAGUGAGGCAGAGAGCCGGAAAAGAGAGCGUGCUGACUGAGGGUCACAGUGCUCUGUUCGCGGGGCGGAGCGGGACCAUGGCGUCAGGCUGCUCUCUGGUGUGGAUUGGGGCGCUGCUCCUGGGGCUCGGGGCUUCUCCGGCCCGCGCCUUCCAAUUCCAGCACCACGGCUACGAAGAGAUGGUGCGUGCGCUAUUCGCCGUGCAGAGCCAGUGCUCGUACGUCACCCGCCUCUACAGCAUCGGGCGCAGUGUGGAGGGACGCCACCUCUACGUUCUGGAGUUCAGCGACAACCCGGGCAUCCACGAGCCACUGGAGCCCGAAUUCAAGUACGUGGGGAACAUGCAUGGCAACGAGGUCCUGGGCCGGGAGCUGCUCAUCUUCCUCUCGCAGUUCCUGUGCGAGGAGUACCGGGCAGGGAACCAGCGUGUCACCGCCCUCAUCCAUAACACGCGCAUCCACAUCCUCCCCUCCAUGAACCCGGACGGCUACGAGGUAGCAGCCAGGCAGGGCCCAGAGCUCAAUGGUUACCUGGUGGGCCGUGGAAAUUCCAGAGAUGUGGAUCUGAAUCGCAAUUUCCCAGACCUGAACGGCCUCAUGUACUACUACGAGAAAAGCAACGGGAAAAACCACCACCUGCCUCUGCCAGACAACUGGGAAGUGCAGGUCGAGCCCGAGACUCUGGCAGUCAUUAAAUGGAUGCAGAACUAUAAUUUUGUCCUGUCGGCAAACCUGCAUGGAGGAGCCGUGGUGGCAAACUACCCUUUUGAUAAAUCCCGCGAGGCACGUGUAAGAGGCAAGACCAUAUAUUCGGCCACCCCAGAUGACAAGAUCUUCCAAAAAUUGGCAAAGACAUACUCCUAUGCUCAUGGCUGGAUGCAUAAAGGCUUUAACUGUGGAGACUACUUUGAGGAGGGUAUUACCAAUGGAGCUAGCUGGUACUCUCUAACCAAAGGCAUGCAGGACUUUAACUACCUCUACACUAACUGCUUCGAGAUCACCCUGGAGCUGAGCUGUGAUAAGUUCCCUCCAGCCAGCGUUCUGCCCCGUGAGUGGCUAGCCAACAGGGAGGCUCUGGUGUCCUACAUGGAGCAGGUACACCAUGGCAUCAAAGGAAUGGUCUACGACGAUAACAACAACCCCAUUGGCAACGCAGCGAUCUCCGUGGCAAGCAUAAGCCAUGACAUAACGAGUGGCGUGGACGGAGACUACUUCCGUCUGCUUUUGCCAGGAACUUACACCGUGACCACGUCUGCGCCAGGCUACCAGCCCUCCACCAGGACAGUCACAGUUGGACCUGCAGAGGCCACACAGUUACACUUCUAUUUGAAAACUGAACCAAAAGGGACUAACUUGAAUGUAAAGGUCCCUCAAGGCAAGAAAAGCCCAUCUCCUCCUGCUAAGGGUCCUCCAGCAAACCUCGGCCCGAGAUGAACUAAAGCAGGACGCUUCCCUGAACAGAGCAGCAAUCCAUCCCUCUUCCACAAAGCAACAGAAAGUGAAGGAAGAAAAGAGGAUCAUGUGACCUGUGUCACAGACCUCUGUUCCUGUGAAGUACACUUCCUGUGAAGUACAGUCCUCAGAGUACAUAGAGCCUUAAUAUUAUGGUUUUCACUGGGAUAUUCUUUUUCUAUGAGUCUUAUAUUUAUGUAAUAUGUAAUAGAAAUUAUAUAAUGUUAUAUAACGAAGGAGUCAAAGAAAAGCGUCAGGAUUUAGUACAUAUGUUAAUUUAGAUGAUUAGGCAAUACUAUGAAAUGAAACAGACAUUGUUCAUCAGCAGUCACAGUAGAACAAUCUUUCUAGAUAUUCCACAGAGCACAAACUGCGUUUGUGGUAACAUUUUACAACACAAUAAAUAAAUAAAUAAAUAGAUAGAUAGAUAGAUAAAUAAAUGUAUUAUCAUGUACAUUGAUCAAAAGCUACAUUGAAUUUUCUGAAUUUGUGACUAUUUGCUACAUUAAAGGAUUCCUUUUAUCAUUUAAAGUACUUUAGAGUCAGUACAGACAUCACAUUUAUAUCCUGCACGUUUUCGGUCCAUGGCUUCCUUUGGAUGUAAGACAUAAACAGGAAUUGUGUCAUAUUCACAAUUUUUUAAGAUUAGGGAGUUAUGGAAAUGAAUAAGGAAUAAGCAUUAACAUUAGAAACACAAAGUUUACUAAAAUAUAAAAAUAACAUCAAAAUGUUAAAAGUCAAACUUUGCUGAACUAUUAUAUCAAAUAGUUUUCAGGAAUUGAUGCUUUUUUUGUACACUAGAGGUCAGUGUUGUCUACUAUAAAUUAAUGCUCCUCAACCUUGUGACAGGCAUAAAGCACAUUGUCAGUCCAAAUGGUAUAAUUAUUAAAAUGUAUUUUAAUCAA